AUGAAAUUUUAUUUAUUUUUGACAAUUUCAUUAUUUUUAUUAUUAUCUCAAUUCUUUCCUUUUGUUUAUUCUGUAAUUGACAAUGGGAUUUUAGGAGAGCCUUAUGUUGAUUGUGGGGGAAAUUAUAUUGAAGUGCGUUUUGAUACAAGAAAUACAUUUCGAGGAAUUGUUUUUGUCGAAGACCAUUUAAAUGACCCUCAAUGUCGAUCUAGUCCAACAAUUGAUGAUGAAACUAAUGGAAGAGAAAUUGGCCAAAGAAAUGCUCAAAUUAAAUUAAAUUUUUUUUCUUGUGGAAUUAAUUUUACAAAAUAUGAUAAUCCAAAAGGAGUAUUUUUAAGUGCUAAAAUUGUUCUUGCUUUUCAUCCACAAUAUUUAAGCAAAAUAGAUCGUUUAUAUGAACUUAAAUGUUUUUAUAUGGAAAUGGAACAUCAAUUAGAAAAUGAAUUAAAUAUACAGAUGGGUCCACCAAUAAUGCAUACUAAACAAGUCCCUAUGCCUGUAUGUCGUUAUGAGGUUCUUGCUGGGGGUCCACAAGGCCCUCCUGUUCUUUUUGCAACAAUUGGACAAAUGGUUUAUCAUAAAUGGACAUGUGAAUCGAGUGAAGAAAACCAAUUUUGUAUGAUUGUUCAUUCUUGUAUUGUUGAUGAUGGACAUGGAGAUCGUGUUGAAUUAAUUGAUGAACAAGGAUGUGCUAAAGACAAACAUUUACUACAAAAUUUAGAUUAUAUUUCUGAUUUAAUGGUUGGGAAAGAAGCACACGUUUAUAAAUAUGCUGACCGUGAAAGAUUGUUUUUUGAUUGUAAAAUUGUUUUGAGUAUUAAAGAACCUGGAACUGAAUUUUGCCCAGUUCCUGAAUGUCCAGAUCCUCCAAGAAAACGUCGACAUUUGAAGGAAAAAGAAAAUAAAAAUAAUUUUAUUUUAAAAGAACACAAAAAAGAAGAAAAAAUUGAAGAAAUUUGUGAAAAUUCGAAUAUAUUUAUUUAUUCUACUUUAAUUCCGUUAGAUUUGGCUUUGAUUAUUGUUGCUAUUUUGUUAAUACGUGAUGGAUUUAAACAAUUUAAUUUGUAA